UGCCCGCGCGGAAAUUUAAACAAGUGCUUAACUCCAAAAUGUGAUUUCCCUUCCUGGAGACAUUCAAAAAGUUACGAUCAUGUUGCCGUUCAAAAUAAUGUUCCGUAUUGUCCAAAUUGUGUUCUUAACACUUAUUAUUAUGUACUUCAACAAUAUUGUCAAGGGUCAAGUCCAAGGCGAGAAAAUCCCGAUUGGCGUGGUCUUUGAUCAGAACACGGAGGAAAUUCAGAAUGCCUUCAAGUUCGCAAUGGUGCAGCAUUCCAACCCCAACAGAACACGGCUUGACUUCCAACUGUACGUAGACAUCAUUAACACGGCGGAUGCUUUCAAGCUCAGCAGGCUCAUUUGUAACCAAUUCGGUCGUGGAGUGAUAGCUAUGCUGGGCGCCGUAACUCCGGACUCCUUUGACACUCUGCAUUCGUACACCAACACCUUCCAGAUGCCCUUCGUAACCCCAUGGUUCCCUGAGAAAGUAAUCCCACCGUCGUCUGGUCUCAUAGACUAUGCAGUGAGUAUGCGGCCGGAUUACCACAAAGCCGUGAUCGAUACUAUCACCUUCUACGGAUGGAAAAACGUCAUUUACAUCUACGACUCUCAUGAUGGGUUGCUUCGUCUGCAGCAAUUAUACCAGAGCUUGCAACCAGGGAACGCCACGUUCCGUAUUUCGAACGUGAAAAGGGUGACCAACGCUACUGACGUCGUUGAAUUCCUCGGAGCCAUCGAGCGUCUGGACCGCUGGACUAACAAAUACGUGGUGUUGGACUCUUCCACACAACUGGCUAAAGACGCCCUGAUCCUACACGUACGCAACAUACAACUUGGACGCAGGAAUUAUCACUACUUUCUUAGCGGGCUGGUGAUGGACGACCGUUGGGAAAAAGAGGUCACUGAAUUCGGUGCCAUUAACAUAACUGGAUUUAGAGUCCUAGACUUUUCAAGAAAAGUCGUUCGCGACUUUAUCGAUGUUUGGAAGAAGGAUUCUGUCUCGGCCCAAGCUGCGCUGAUGUACGACGCUGUACAAGUGCUUGUAGAUGCCAUAUUGCGACUCUUGCGCAAGAAGCCGGACAUUCUGCGUGGAACUAUGCGUCGCAACGCUAACAUAAACGCCAGCCGUGUUAUCGACUGUAACCCGAAAGGAAAAAUCACACCAUACGAGCAUGGCGACAAGAUAUCUCGCAUGAUAAAGAAGACGGAGAUAGAUGGGUUGACGGGCGUCAUCAGGUUCAAUGAAGAAGGUCACCGACGCAAUUUCACCCUGCAAAUAAUGGAGAUGACAGUCGAAGGAGAUAUGAUUAAGGUGGCGACUUGGUACGACGACAGGGGACUGGUACCGGCUAUCCCGAAGUUGCAGCCUCUCAACAUCCCGGGUAUUUACGAUCGCAACAAGACGUAUAUAGUGUCCACAAUAGAGGAACCCCCCUACAUUAUGCGAGAAUCGGACUUCGAGGCCGGGCCUAACGAUCCGUACAAGGGAUUCUGUGUGGACCUAGCCAAAAUGUUAGCCGAUAAGUUGGAAAUCAAAUACGAGUUGCGCUUGGUCAAAGACGGUAAAUACGGAAACGAGAAUCCGAAAAUAGUUGGAGGAUGGGACGGAAUGAUCGGAGAACUUAUAAGGAAGGAAGCAGACAUAUCCGUCGCUCCCCUCACAGUCACCCUUGAAAGAGAAGCCGUGGUGGACUUUAGCAAACCAUUCCUGUCUUUUGAUAUCAAACCGAGCAAAAAAGUGACUAAAGACUCCGGGGCAAUAUUCAGCUUCCUGCAUCCUCUCUCCAAAGAAAUCUGGUUGUGCGUCAUAUUCAGUGUGUUUGCUGUAAGCGUGGUUUUAUUUCUCGUGUCGAGAUUCUCGCCUUACGAAUGGCGCGUGGUAUCUUAUAGCGAUACACCAUCCUCUGAACAAGCAGAUGUAUCCAGCAACAAGACUACGGUCGUCAACGAAUUCAGCUUUUGGAAUUCUAUGUGGUUUUCGUUGGGUUCCUUUAUGCAGCAGGGUAGCGACAUUACACCCAGAUCCUUUUCGGGAAGAAUAGUGGGUUCUGUUUGGUGGUUUUUUACCUUGAUCAUGAUAUCGUCGUACACAGCAAAUCUGGCAUCAUAUCUAACGUUGGCUCGAAUAUCAGAACCCACUCAGUCCUAUGGAAAAAUUGCCACUUGUCCUGAGGAUACUAUUAACGCUAGAGGUAUUGCUGUACCUCAGGAUGACACAGGUGAUGACCACGGAUGGCUAGCAUAUCUGCUUGAUCGGUCGGCAACUAGCACAACCGCAAUCAAUAACAAGCCCUGUGAGAUGCUAGUGACGAUCACAAAUUCCGGAGUGAAGGACUUCGCCGUUGCUAUGCCAAAAGGAUCCAAAUUGCGGGAUGGUGUCAACCUCGCGCUGCAAUCACUUAAAAACGAUGGAGAAUUGCAGUCGCUUAUACGCAAGUGGUUCACUAAAGCUGAAUGUGAUUUGGCUGAUGACGACCUCAAGGGAACUGAACUUACGUUGAGUCAGAUGGCAGGCCUGUUCUAUGUUUUGGUCGGUGGAUUAGCAAUAGCUAUGGCAAUGGCGCUGAUGGAGUUCUGCCAGCAUGGACGCCAAGAAGCGGCGCGAGCUAACGUACCGUUGCGUGCAGCUCUCACCGCAAAGGCUAGACUCGCUUCACGCGUGGAGCGCAAAUCAUUGCCGCAGCGCACCCCACAACGCGAACACGACCGCUUGCCAUGGAACGGAGGAGCAUUCGCAGGGCAAUAUUAUGCACCGGCCAACCAGAUCAACCAGGAAGAGACGGCGUUGCAUGCGAGUUUCACGCAAGUGUGAUCGUCAGCCCGGGACGCAGGUACCGUGCGCCGGGCGUCCCACUCCAAACAGCUGUCCAGCUCGGUGGACCUGUAUCAACUCUAAGUAUCAGGUUUAACAGCAAAGGAAUGGAACUGGUAUGUAGGUUAUUUGGAAAAGUAUACCUUCAGUUAUCCUAUGGUUACUUUAUGAAAAUACAUGUAGAUUUUUUCCUAAUUAAUCCACAUUCACGCAAUCGUAUUUUUAAUUGACCCCUCACUGUGUCUCUGUCCAUUUUUAUCAAUAGCGUAGGUAUUCCUUUCGACCCGUAAUUGAUUUUUCUUUUUCACAAGAUGAAUGGACAAAAGCAUUUUAGGGAAAUUGAGUUUGUAAGGGAAUUGGAAAGGGAUUUAUUAGAGCUAAGGCUAGAUAAUACAGUAUUACAUACCACUGAAACUCUUAGCAUACUCAGACAGUGAACCUUAGUAAGUAGAACGGUCAUACAAGACGCAAGUCAGUAUUUACCGCUAUUGUCGUUUUAUCAAGUAAACAACCCCCUUCCACAUUAUUGUUAACUACUACAACUAUUUUCCAUAGAAAUCUAGUGUUCUAAGUAUGUGAAAAACGUAAUUUUUAAUUUUAAUAUUUCCCGAACUAUAUUAUGUACCGAGUAGAUAAACAUCAGGGUCUUAUAUAACGUGUUUAGUAAGUAGGUGAAAACUUUUUCAAUUAGACAAAAUAAUUCAACGGUCUCUAAUUGUAAAAGUUACCUGUUAGUUAGCUAAAGAUAAACGUUAAUUAUGGGUAAGUUACCGAGUGCCCGGCGCAGUGCCCAUCCUAAUUAACGGCUCCGCUGACGACCCGGCAAACCAAUUUGUUAUACAAUCUUUUUGAUCUUUUACUUAUAAAUAAGAGUAAACAUCCCCCGAUUUGCAUUAAUAUCUGAUAUUUAAUAAACAUCUCAAUGUUAAAGUAGGUUCAUCAUUAUAAUAAAUAUGUUACGUAAUCGGUGUAUGUUACAAUAAUUAUCUUUAAUUUUGACUUGAUUCUAAGGAAUCUCCGUAGAAUAAUUCUUGUAUCUGGAAACAGCAAUUUUAAUAACUGAGGGACAAUUGGAUUGGAUGAUGUCAUUCUAAAAUAUUAUAAAAAUUUAGUGGAUAAGUAUUGGUAAAUUCGCUGUGUGAUAAUGAUACUUUUAUCAUUAGGUUAAGUAGACUGUACUGCUCCUGACGAGUAGAAAUCACGACUAAUUUAAGUAAUUUUUAUAAGUUCUUCCAUUAAGUAAAUGUUGUUUAUUUACCCUGUAGUAUACCUUUAUUUUUAGUCAAUUGUUAACAAUAUUUUAUCAUUGAAAUAGUGGACCAUUUUUCCACUUACCUGUACAUACUCUCGUUAUUUCACUUUUAUUUAUAGGAACUCAUUUGAAUUAAAGUUGUUUUCUAAUGCUAUUAAAUUAAGAAAAAUGCCAAAGGCAUAUUUGUACUUAACUCGUAAGUGAUUCAUAUCAAACAACAGUUACAUAAUGUCUGUAAUACACGUCGAUUGAACUACAAAAAUGAUUUAGCAGAUAAAUUAUCUUCCUAUUUAUUAGCCAAGCACUUAUAUAA